CCCGAUCAAUGUUUGGGAGACCUCGUGCGGAGGAAAGGAGAAACUGAAAUUCACGCACACGCCAUUUUGGAUGAAGACCACAGCGAACAGCUCAAAGGAGCUUAACUUUAUCCCUCACCAUCCUUGGGUUUUGGUGUGUAAAAGAUGGAGCAAUCGUACGGGGUUGGAAUAACCAACCGCUUCAAUCUUUUUUUGGACGGAGAAGAUGAUCCUUUGGACGUUUUGAAAAUCGUCGACGAAGAAAAGGAGGCUAAGAAGAAGACCAAGAUCGCCGAGAAGGAAAACAAGGGCAAGCCCGAAACUAAAGGAAAAUCAGCCCCCGAACGCAAAGGAUUCAAGGAAACCUCCAACGUCAAGACCCCCAGCAUUGGAAAGCCCAAGGAAGGUUUGAAGGGAAAGGAGCCUCGCAUUGGAGGCCCCAAACCGGAUGGCCCCAGACCUGAUGGUCCCAGGCCUGACGGAGCCAGGCCUGAUGGUCCCAGACCUGAUGGCCCCCGGUUUGAUGGUCCCCGCCCUCCCCGUGGUGAUCGUCCAUUUGGUGACAGGCCAGAGCGCACUGAUAGAACUGUGAAGUUCUCGUCAGAAUCUCGUGAAGAACGGAACAACAGGCAAAAUCGUGAAGAUCGUCCCUACCAGUCAGGCGGCGAUUUCUUCUCAAGGGACCGUGAACCUGGAACCAGACCUGAUGGCGACCGAUUUGCUCCCCGUGGCCGUGGAAUGGGACGAGGCAUGGGCAGAGGCAUGCGAGGUGGCCGAGGCGGCUAUGACAACCGUGGCAAGCGUGAAUACGACCGUCAGUCUGGCAGUGACAAAACUGAUACUUACAGGGGGGUGAAGGCUGUCGACAAACGUGAAGGAGGUGGCGCACGCAACUGGGGCAGUCACCGUGACGACAUUGAUGAACUGAACACUUCUGCUAAUGAGACCCAGGACUGGUCUGGUGAGAAGCCAGAGGAGUCCAGCACCGAUGCCGUUGUUGAACCCAAGGAGGGAGAGAAUGCCCCUGCCACUGGUGAGCCCUCUGAAGAAACUACCCCUGCUGAACCGGAACCUGAAGAGCUGACCUUGGACGAGUGGAAGGCUCUGAGGAAGUCUCGCUCCAAGCCCCAGUACAACUUGCGCAAGGCUGGAGAAGGAGAGGACCCCUCCCAAUGGAAGAAAAUGUACGCCCUGGACAAGAAGAAGGAAGAGCUGGAAGGAGAGGAGGAAGAGGACUUGGAGUACGAUGCUUCCGAGUACCCGCAGAGGGUGGGCCGCCUCAAGCACGUUCUGGACAUCGAGGUCGUCUUCGGCGACAGCAGCCGGCGCGGCAGCGGCCCCCGUGGUCGUGGCCGCGGUGGCCCUCGCGGCGUUGGCCGUGGCAGAGGUGGGUUCGGUGGCGACCGCCCUGACCGCGGAGACCGCCCCGAGCGUGUGGACCGCCCUGAUCGUGCCGAGCGCGACGGCCCCAGGGGACCGCCUCGCGACUUCGAUCCUGCGACCUCGUACAAUGAGAAUUAUCAAAGCAGAAUAGGACUGCGGGGAAAGCCUCGCGGUGGCCCCGCUGGGCCUGUCGCUGGCGGCAUCCGCCGUGACUUCAACAAGCCUGCUGCUCGUCCACCUAAGGUUGAUGACGAACAUGACUUCCCUUCCCUGGGCUAAGGCUGCUUUUCCGCUUCUAGGAUGAAAACGUUUGGUCACUACACAGGCAGGGUCGCUAGUCUGCUCUUGACAAGAAUCCUAUUUUUGGACCGCCUGGAGAGUGAACCGUUAGAGUGGUCUUACUUAUUCUUCUCACAAUGUAUCUUGGUGUACUCAUACCACAACUACUCACUCAUCGAUGUCCUCUCAUUCAUUAUUUUUGUUUCUUUUUGUUUGAAAUUCAUCUCACAAGUGAAGUUAGUGGUGAGGACCCAGUAUCAAGCUGACGUGUUCUGCAUUGUAGUGUUGGACUGUAUCCAGCUCAUGUGGUUGUAGCUGUUGUUUCUUUGGUCCAUGCAGUGUUUUUGUGAUAUAUAUUUAAAUUAAUGCCAAACCCACUCAAUAUCACCUGAAGUACGGUUCUUGUCUCUGAACUGCCAAAUGGUUACAAAUUAUUAUUGGACGUUCCAUGUACCCAGUGUUUGGUUAACUAGCAUGUGCUGUUUUAAUAGCCUCAUCUUGUGUGCGUGUUUUUUGUUAGACUUUUUUAAAAAAUCUAAUUGUGUGCACACUUGGAGGGCCUUGAAGAGUAAUUUUGUACUGUGAAACUUUUUUUUUUCACUUACAUGUGCAGCCCUGUUCAGAAUUAAUGCAUUUGGUGAUUCAAAAAAUAAUUCACACUUCAAAUGGUAUUGUGAACAAGGCUGUUAUUUUAUUUGUACAUGCAUUUGCCAUGUAAUUUGAUAAGCAUUUUUGUGCUGAGGUCUGGUCUGUGACCAGAGUUGGACGGUGGUUGUCUUCUGUGGAUGCAGGAAAUAGGGUUGGGAGCAAUCCCUUGGAUCGUAACUAUUGUUGGCUGAUUUGGCAGCAAAGCUGCUGUGUGUCUGUGGUAAACUGCUUGUUUCCGCUAUUACUUUUGUAUUCAUGAGCUCUAGGUAGUAAUUGCGUGAGAUUUAUUGUUGCCAAUAAACUAUGGAAUGAAAGAUGGUACCUAUAGUCUUCAACUCCUCAUCCUAUUCUUCCAUUUCUAUUGGACUUUUAAACUAAUCACACAACAUGAAGUAAUCGCCGUUCAGAAACCACUUUAAUAACAUGUUUAUAUAGGAUUUGCUUCCUCUGAUUGAAAUGUUAAAACUGUUGGCAGUGUGCCGGUGUUAUAGUGAAUCUUGCUCUUUCAUAAUAAAAUGUGGGAAGCUCUCGUUUA